AUGGUUGAUGAAAUUGAUUUCCAAAUGAAAGGUUCUCGACAGGAAAUAUCACUGAAACCAGAAACUUCCACACCACGGCUGCCACCUGCUGAAAGUGCCAGGGUUCGGAAAGGUUUGUCUAACAAGAAUCUAAACCGCUUCCAACAUUGGCUGCAAAAUAUUGACCCGCGCCAUCGUAAUGGACACGAUUUAUGUCCCCAAUAUGAUGCCUGGUCUGAAAGCCAGAGCAGAGAACCUUUCUUCUACUGGUUGGAUAUUGGUGAGGGCAGAGAACUUAGUCAUGGCAAGUCUCCAAAAUGCAUUAAAUAUUCUGGACCUAUUUGGAAGCUUUUUGCUGUGUUUGAGAAGGAUCCCUUAAAAGUAGCCCUCCAAUGUUGGUUCAAAACUGUCAAUUCGGAAUGCAGCUUUAUGCUCAGCAAUAUAAUUUUAGAGAUUUUUUUGGUGGCUUUGGAGCAAUGUGCCUUCCCAAGAAAACCUCAUUAUUCACUAAUCGCCAUGGUCGUGUCUCUUUUUGCCAUGUUCAUUUGCAUCAUGGAGCUCUUUGAUAGGGGAAGUAAAGCAAAACUUGUUUUUAAGCGGCAGGGCAUGAGAUGUUGGUUUCAGCCCCCAUCUUCAACCGCCAAGCCUCUCUAUUCCUUCAUCGACAUGUUUGCUUUGAUUUGUGCCAUUGUUCAAUACAUUUUCUCAGUUGUUGCAUAUAGUUUUCAUCGGCAGCACCGUGAGAAUCCCAUCAAAGUAUCUGUUGUUUCUGUCAUCUUCAUCAUAUGCAUGGCCUUUUCUAAAUAUACCAAUAAUAGUGGAGAUGGUGUAGCACUUCCCAUUGAAGGGAACGGUAAUGUAUAAUUAUUCUUCAAAGUCAAACAGUAUCAUGACACUUGAUUUUGUAAAAUUUACUUGUCUUUUUUCAAAAAUUGAAAAGAAAUAAAUACUGUCCUGGUCAAAAGAAUCCGGAACGUAUGUAUUGAGAGUGAGACUUGGAUGACAGACCCUCAUCCACCCUUGCACAUGCUUUUGUCUGUCAUUUUUUUGGUUUACUUGUUGCCUUUGUUUUGUGACAGUGACAUGCGGCGUAUGCAUGCACAGACAGGAUUUAUGCCUUCUGCAUUCUGUUAAGAGUAUACCAGAAGAACUAAUGAUCCUUUGUUUGAAUUAAUUCUUGUGUUGCAUACUGCUUAUGCAGAGAUGUAUACAUGCUUUCAAUUAAUGAAAUUUA